AUGAAUCCUUCUUUUGACUAUCUCUUCCUUCCAGAGCAGUGCAAAGCCCCUCCACACGUGAGGAAACACUCUGUAUCCAAAAGCUUGCGCCACCUCUUCCAGCCCAACAGCAAAUUUGUCAAAAGUUUGAAACGGUACAUAAGUGCUUUUCUGGUCUCCCUUUACACCUCCAUGUAUUGUAUCUCCUGCCUUCUUCCAUCUUCACUUUCAUAAGAUCAUUUCUUUUGACCCCAAUAAAUGCUACAAAUGCCACAAAAUAUAAUCUCAAAUGUAAUUCUACCUAUAGGCUAUUGUUAGAAUUAAUAGUUCAAGGAGGCCACCAUUUUGCUGUCUUGAAUUAGCGACUUUUGAGAAUUGUUCAAAACUAAGUGACUCUGCUUUGUCUCAAUGGUCCUCCAGAGGUCUCUAUUUGACAUGUAUAUUUUACCAAGACGACAACGUCCUGGUGACGCCUGAGGACCAGAUCCCCAUCGUAGAGAUAGAUGACUCCUACUCCAGCUCACAGAUGCAGGACUUCCUAUGGUUCACUAAGGUAACAAACGUGCUAGUGCCAUUCCUCACGUUUCACAUUUUACAGUUUCCACUGGUAUUUAGAGUUGGUACUUUCUGGUACUAACAGUACUUCAAAGAAUUCUACAAAAUUUCUAACAUGCUAACAACCUGAUACCUAAUGGUACCCAGUGGUGCUUGAUUUACUGAGUCCUAGAGGUAAUACACAAAUAUAGGUUGUUACUUUGCGAUUACCAUUUUACCCUUUACUUUCUAAUACCUGGUAAUUUCUGUAGCGUAAAAGAAAGUGCUUGUGUAUCGUCCAUCCCCAGGUGUCCUACCUAUGGGAGGAGAUUCCGUGGCUGCAGCAGUGUCUCAGCCCCUCCCAGUCUUCCUGCUCCUGCACCCUCCAGACACGCCUCAAGAUGCUGCAGGCCGUCUCCCAGCUCCAGGUACUUCCUAACCCAUCAAUACAGUUAUAAACAUGACAUAACACCUUAAUAACACCUUAUUACCACUCAUGGUUGUUUAUGACUAGUUACAACUGAUAACAUGGUCAAAACCAUCCAAUCUUCAUCAACACCAACAACUCUUAGCCAAAACCAUUAAAAAUUGAUUAACAUUGGUCAGAACCAUCAAAUGUUAAUUGAAACCAUCAGAUUCUGGUCAAAACCAUCAAAGGUAAUCUGUCUUUGAAAGUGUAUUUUUGGGGAUGUUUUUGCAGGACAUGCUGGGAACUCAGGACCUGGGUCAGGUUUACUUUGAGCCAAUCAAAGAUAAGCAUGGCAACACCCUGCUGGUGUUGCUGAGGGACAUGAACGCAUGUCCCAGUCUGGACGGAAUGAAGUGGACCCAGCUGUGUAAGCUCCAGCUCCAACGCAAGUCCAUCACGUCCCCUGAGGAGCCCACGGCCUUGGACAUGCUGCUCAUCACCCUCCAUGUAGGUCCCAACCCAUUACAAUCACUGGUGUUUGUAGCUUAGCACUGUAGCAUUAGCGACACUGACACCCUUUUUCUUAAACAUUUCAGAAUCCCCAGGGACUAACAUGGAAUAAUUUGUAAUAGCUAAUUGGAUUGAAUUUGGAUCGAGUUUGAAUCUGAGGAUAAUGAUGCGAAAUAUGCAUCGUAGCUAUUUGUAUUCCUGCUAGUACUUACAGUAACUGCAUUUCAGCAUACAAAGAGGCUAAGGUUCCAUUCAUGCCAAACCAAAAUUACAAUGUUUAAACUGUUCCCUACAUUUACCCUUCACCACAUUGCAUGCGAUUAUUUUCGUUGUAAACACACAUGGCAAUCCGCUUCCUGUCAUGCCUACAUGUCACUUGUAUCUAAGUAGUCUAUCAAGCUAGUCCAGUUGACUCACAGUCACAGCGGACAUGUAAAUGCUAGACAAUGGAUCCAUGCCAGCAAAACAGCUCCCAUAAUUAAUUUUAUGCUCAAAUUCCCUGAAACGCCAUUCAUUUAAAUGAGAGUAAUUAGAAUAGUUGAGUCUUUCAGACAUAUUGGGUCGAUUGCAACAGACAGGCAGAAUUUAACGCACACCCAAGUGGCGCAGUGGUCUAAGGCACUGCAUCGCAGUGCUAGCUGUGCCACUAGAGAUCCUGGUUUGAAUCCAGGCUCUGUCAUAGCUGGCCACGACCGGGAGACCCAUGGGGCGGCGCACAAUUGGCCCAGUGUCGUCCAGGGUAGGGGAGGGAAUGGCCGGGAUGUAGCUCAGUUGGUAGAGCAUGGCGUUUGCAACGCCAGGGUUGUGGGUUUGAUUCCCACGGGGGGCCAGAAUGAAAAAUAAAAAAAGUAUGUAUGCACUCACUAACUGUAAGUCGCUCUGGAUAAGAGCGUCUGCUAAAUCACUAAAAUGUAAAUGUUAAUGCUGGACCUGCAUGUUAAAACAAACGAUUUUGCAAACAAAAACCCUCAAGAAUAAGCCAGCAUAUCAGUUGAUCUCUUAUUGUUACCCUGUCAAGUGAUUAUGCUGCUAGACAGCUGCGUCUAGGUUCUCUACUCCCGCCCUCAAGGAAAUAUUGACCUAUCAGGUGUAUUGGAAACCAUAAGGCUGUUGAAUGUAAAAAAUAUUUAGAGUAUAAUAAGAAUAUAGAAUUAGUAGGCCUAUAUUUUAUUCAAAUGUUUCACCUUAAAUGGCAAAAUGAUAUAAUAUGUGUAAUUUGAAAUAACUUUAUUAGACUACAUUUGAUUUUAAAAAGUAUAUAUAGAUAAUAUAACUCCCCCGAUCUUGAUAAGACAUUACCAUACUUUUUAAAGACAACUUUCUUUUUAAAGACAAGUUGUAGUUAAUGGAUUACAUAAAUUCGAAACGAAAAGGUGUCGGGUAAAUUGCCACAUUAGAUUUGCCGUGGUAAACGAGAAAAUACUUUAUUUCAGUUGUACGGAAUUAUUGUCAAAUAGAUAAAUCACCCUUAGUCUGCUAACAAAGCAGGAUUCAUUUGUUCCGAUCAUAAUACCCACCAGAGGUCGAAAUUGUCUUGAAAAAUGUUGACAGCAAUCAGGACUAAAAGUUCCCCCCAGCAUCUGCUUUAGGGACCGGUAAAUCAGUGGCCAAUGAUGGAGGCAAUUGAGAUCAGCUGUGCGGGUGAUUUUACCUUGGUUUGAUGGUUUAACGAGAGAUUACCUUGUGUUAGUACGCUGGCCAAUGCUCGUUGCAAUAGACCCUACAUAUCCAGAAAGGCUCAUCUAAAUACUAUCAAAUAAAAGUUCAGUGGUCGCUUACACGGUUUAGAAGAUGUUGCAGCGAAAUGCUUAUGUUACUAGCUCCUAACGAUGCAGUAAAAUGUCAAACACAAAAACAUUUAGAAAUAAAAAAAUCUAGAAAUGUCGGAACAAAUCCAAUUAACAAUCAGUUUGUCGCUACCAAUGCUCUCUGAAUAUGAAUUAGAGUAAAUGUUUGUUUCUGGUGAACCUGAUACCAGCCGAUCUGAUGUUGUUUUGUUUGCCCUGCAUGUUGGUUUGGGGUUUUCAUUCCAAAAACAAUGGCUGGAACUUCAGUAUAUGUUAAUAUAUAAUAUGAAUGUGAAUAUUAAUAUAUAAUGAUAUAUUGAAUACAAUAUAAAUAUAGCUUAUGAUUCCAAAUAUGAACAAAUUAUAUAAUCGAACAAAAAUCAAAUGCAUUAUAUGGUUAUUAUUUCAUAUUAACUUAAACCCCCAAAAUAACCCGAUCCUCAAAGCCCUCAAAGCAACAACAACAUUUAAAUAAAUGACAUCAAAAUACACAAUAUCAAAGGCAAUCCCAGACGCCAACAACAGCUGUCUCAUGUCUUUCCCAUCUGGUUCCCGUCAUUAUUUCAGGAGAAGCUGGCAUACCACAGACGGAGCAGGAAGCUCCUCUCCCCAGGCCUCUACCUGGGCUACCUGAAGCUGUGUAGCUCCAUGGACCAGAUCAGAGCCCUGGUGCCUCAAAAGCUGCCCAAUGUCCUCUGUCACACCAAGAUACGAGACAACUGUAAUGUGUCUAGGUGAAGUACCUGGCUAUCCCGGUUUAUCAGUGAAUUUAUUGGUUUUCAUGUUACGGUAUUGUUAUUGAAAUACUAGCCGUUGUCUGUAAUACUGUAUAUAUGUAACUGUUUGUGUGUGUGUGUGUGUUUGUCAGGGAGGAGUGGCAGUGGCUGCAGGCCCUCAGUUCUUUGGAGGAGUCUCUGGAGAUGGACCAGGAUGUCCAGAGCGCUCCACACCGCCUCCUACAGGACCUACGCAGUGCUGCCAAGGACCUCAUGGCCAACAUGAACAUCCCCGUCAGCCAGGUCAGCAUCCAUCCAACACACCCAUCCAUCAAUUAUUGCUUAUUAUCACUGGAUAAACAUUGUAGAUCCUGAGCCUUCCAAAAAAUAAUAAAAUGGCAGAAAUACCCAAAGAUGACCGCAGCAAAAACCUGUAGUAAUAAAAAAUAUAAAACAAUAUUUAAAAAACCUUUAGGUGUAAUACAUUUUAACCAUCCAUCCAGCCAUCCAUUUCUUACAUCCAUACUGUAUAUCCAUCCACUACAUGGCAAUAAUGUCAUAGUUGUGACUCAGUAUGCUGUCCCCCUCUUCCAGGCACAGGACUUCCGUAUCUAUGCCCAGGAGGUGUUGGAGUUUGGGGACAAGGUGUCCUUCCUGCUACUGCUGCCCCCCUCAGACGACGUGUGUACGGCCCCCGGCCAGAACAACCCCUACUCCCCCCAAUCAGGCUUCCUCACCCUGCCUCUGCAGGUCUUUGAGCUGGGUCAGUACUGCUCUGUCUAGUAGGAUUUCCUUCUUUCUUCCCAAUACUGUUAUUUAUUCAACUAUGUUCAUUCAGUUGACCUCAGAUUAUUAUUGUGACUUAAAAUAGUUUGUACAGUUGACUUCAGAUUAAUGCUUGAGACUGUUGUGACGGUGUGCACUAAACCCAAAGCAAUUAAAAGUCAUUAAAAAGUUAUGUGAAACUUAUCUGAAGUGCAUAAAGUGCAUUUGGAAAGGUGAUAGUAUUUUUUAUCUGUGAGUUAUUUAGUAUUUUUUCUUUAGAUAAUAGGUCUGUGUUGUGCGCUUUUCUAUCCUGUCCCCUCUAUAGUUCACUUUGAUGCCUACUGCCCCAGCUUCAUAGGGCAGUACUGCCGUGUGUCUGCCCUGCUGGAGCUGGAGUUGCUCAUGUCCCAGCAGACCCUGAGGGAGGCCUUCUCAGAGACGGAGCUCCACGCCGCCAAGCAGAAACACCAGCAGGUCCAGGAGCACAUGCAGGUAGAUGGGAGUCCUAGCUGAGCUAACCGUAACCCUGAUAUUCUGAUAUGGAUUUAGUCUCCAGGUGCUCAAUAAUAAUGACUAGAGACAUAUAAGGGCUAAGAUAGCAUCACACAAGGAGCUAAUAGAAUACGGCUCACCUACAGUUCAAUCAUAGCACAUGGCGUUUCAAAGUGCACUAAAAGUAAACGAUUUUCCCCGCGCGUUUCCCCUUACUACAGCAAAUGGAGGAGGUGUGGCGGGAGGCACGGUGGAUUAUGGAUGCUCUACAGUAUGCCCGCUACAAGCAGCCCACAGGGGGCAUUUCCCUGGCCUGGAUCAUCGACUUCUCCAGGGACUUGAUGCCUGACACGCCCUGCUCCACCUCCUCCCAGCCAGACUACCUGCCCUCGCCUAUGCCCUCCCCCGAACCCAGCCGCAAGCACUCUGGUGAGACCCAGAGAACUUAUCUUAUAGAGGAGAGGGAUAGGGCCAGGAGUUUUUCAUUCUGAAAACAUGGUCUUGUGGUGUUGGGUCCGGGGGAGGGCAUAAAAUAAAUUAUUGUUUGUGUGUGGGUUUUACAAAAGUGAAUGGUUGUGUGUGUUUUACUUAAAAGGGAAUGAUUGUGUGUGUUUUGUUUCUCCCUCCCAGUAGACUUCCACGGUCUCUCUGACGAAGAGGGUUCCUCUGAGGUCUUCCUCACCACCGACAGUGACUACGAUUCCAGCCGUGCCCAGAGCCUGCGCGAACUGGACCUGCUGCCCCCCUCCCCCCUCUCCUCCACCAGUGACAGUGUGGGAGGAGGGGGUGGAGAGGGUUCAGGGAUGGGGGAGCUGAGGGACUCCACCCCAGACGUCCUCCAGGCCUCGGAGCCCCAGGCGGGCACUGCCGGCGAACGACGGCUGAGCGGAGUGGGGCCCGGGGGGGAGAGGCAAAGGGACAGCGACUUCAUCCUACCCAGCCGGCAAAUCGAACUACUGAGGAUCACGGAGAAGAGGCAAGCCUUCUGUGUGAGAACCAGUAGUCUUGAAUUCCCCUCUCCCUCUGGUGGUCAUCCUGCCCACUCACCCUCACCAUCGCCAUCCUCCUCCGCCCACCACCGCUGGCACCGACCCUCCUCUGUGGACCGCUACUGCCCUACUGAGCAGUGCCUGCCAAACCCCGAGCCCCUUGCCCGCACGCAGUCAGAAGACAGCGGCACCCAGAGGCUUUCGGGUGCCCCCUCGCCUGGUACCCACAGGAAAGGCUGGACUGCCACGCUACGGGUGUACCCACAGUACCGAACCAGGCUACCCAAGGAAACCAGCGUGAAGGUAUGGGGAACUUGGCUUGAGGAAGUAAAGUUUUAAUGAAUUGUUGUUCAUUUUUGGGUAACUCUUUGAUUUGGAUAUCCAAUUAUAAAACUGUCAUAACUCUGCCCCAGUUAUACCAUUGAAACCCCUUUUGACCAUUCACGUUCUGUUUAAUCUGAUUGCCUGUGUUCCUCUCUCUCUUCCUCUCUCUACCCCUCCCCCCAUCUCUCUGUCUCGCUGUCUCUCUCCCUCCAAGCUGCGGGUGACCCCAGGCACAUCGGCCAGGGAGAUGGUCCAGCUGGUGGUGCAGGAGAUGAACGCGGUGUCGCGGCGGCUCCUCGGAGGUAGCAGUAGUAAUGGAGGGGGAGCGGAGGAUGAGCAGUGUAUGUACAGCCCUGAGCAGCUGGAGCACUUUGGCCUGGUGCUGGUGGUGGAUGGCAGGGAGAAGUGGCUCCAGGAUGGCUUCUGUCCCCUGGAGCUACAGAACCCCUGGCUCCGGGGCAAGCUGUGCGUCCGCAUCAAGGAGUACUCACCCCUGGCACUGCAGUACAGCAGGGCGACUACUGUCUGA